AUGGAAGUUCUGGCCAAAAAACCAAACGCUAGAAUCCUCGUUAACACCUUCGAUGCUUUGGAACCGGAAGCAUUAAACGCCAUUGAAAAGUUCAAAAUGAUCGUUGUUGGACCCUUAAUCCAAUCAUCUUUGGAUAGUUCAUUAAGAGUCGACAUUUUCCAGUGCAACUCAAAUGAUUAUCUCCAAUGGCUAAACUCGAAACCAAAAUCAAGUGUCGUUUACGUAUCAUUCGAGAGCAUUGUCGUUUUAGCAAGAAAGCUAGGGGAGAAGAAGAAACCGAACAAGAUAACUGAGUUGCAGAGAAGAAUUAGAGAAGUUCGGGAUGAUAGUCCCAUGGUGUUCACAAGUGGAAGUUUUGUCUCAUCCAUCGUUGGGUUGCUUCGUGAUUCAUUGCGGGUGGAGCUCGACGUUGGAGAGCUUGGUCGUCGGUGUGCCGACGGUAGCGUUCCCUCAGUGUUCUGA